AUGAACAUCCGCUGCGCAAAACCGGAAGACCUAAUGACCAUGCAGCACUGCAAUCUGCUGUGCCUGCCCGAAAACUACCAGAUGAAGUACUACUUCUACCACGGACUCACCUGGCCUCAGCUUAGCUACGUGGCCGAGGACGAUAAGGGCGGUAUUGUGGGCUAUGUCCUGGCCAAGAUGGAGGAGCCGGAGCCCAAUGAGGAGAGCCGCCAUGGGCACAUCACCUCGCUAGCGGUCAAGCGUUCCUAUCGGCGUUUGGGCCUGGCCCAGAAACUCAUGAACCAGGCGUCCCAGGCCAUGGUCGAGUGCUUUAAUGCCCAGUACGUGUCUCUGCACGUGAGAAAGAGCAAUCGGGCUGCCCUGAACCUCUACACCAACGCCCUCAAGUUCAAGAUCAUCGAGGUGGAGCCCAAGUACUAUGCCGAUGGCGAGGAUGCUUACGCCAUGCGGCGCGACCUCAGCGAGUUCGCAGAUGAGGAUCAGGCCAAGGCUUCGAAGCAAGCGGGCGAGGAGGAGGACAAGGUGGCCCACAGGUCCAGCGGACACGGCCACUCGCACAACCACAGCGGUCACGAUGGCCAUUGUUGCUGAACCAUUUCGCUGCCGGCGCAUGCGGGUUUCGAUGUUUUUUGCAUUUUUGUGCAUUAGGGUUUUGUAAUUAAUUAACAUAUAAAGCGUAACUAAAAUUAAAACAAAAGUAAUGACAAAAAACGAAUGUUUUUAACAAUAGUAGGGUUUAAAGAUUUUUUCUAAAAAUUUUA